AUGAAACGUGUCGUUAUUGUUCUUUUGUGUGCGGGUUUGCUACUGUCAUUUGUUUCGGCACAACCAGAUCCGGAAGAGGAAACCGGCGACGAAGAUGAUUGGGAUGAUGAUGGUGAUGAUGAUGAUGAUGGCGAAACGACCGUAACUGAUGAACCAGUAACGCCGGAGCCAGUGACGCCGGAACCAGUGACUCCAGAACCGGUGACACCUGGACCAGUUACUCCGGAGCCUGUAACUCCUGGUCCUGUAACACCUGAGCCUGUGACUCCUGGUCCUGUAACUCCAGAACCAGUGACACCUGGACCAGUGACACCAGAACCUGUGACUCCUGGACCAGUGACACCAGGCCCUGUAACACCAGAACCUGUGACACCUGGACCUGUGACACCUGGUCCUGUAACACCCGAGCCAGUAACACCAGGUCCUGUGACUCCAGGUCCAGUAACUCCGGAACCAGUGACACCUGGACCAGUUACUCCUGGUCCUGUAACACCAGAACCUGUGACUCCUGGACCAGUUACUCCUGGACCUGUAACACCUGAACCUGUGACUCCUGGUCCUGUUACCCCUGGUCCUGUAACACCUGAACCUGUGACUCCUGGUCCUGUGACUCCUGGUCCUGUUACCCCUGGUCCUGUAACACCUGAACCUGUGACUCCUGGUCCUGUUACCCCUGGUCCUGUAACACCUGAACCUGUGACUCCUGGUCCUGUUACCCCUGGUCCUGUGACUCCUGGUCCUGUAACACCUGAACCUGUGACUCCUGGUCCUGUAACACCUGGUCCUGUGACUCCUGGUCCUGUAACACCUGAACCUGUGACUCCUGGUCCUGUGACUCCUGGUCCUGUAACACCUGAACCUGUGACUCCUGGUCCUGUUACCCCUGGUCCUGUGACUCCUGGUCCUGUAACACCUGAACCUGUGACUCCUGGUCCUGUUACCCCUGGUCCUGUGACUCCUGGACCGGUUACUCCCUCUCCCUGUGUUACUCCCGCUCCAGUUACUCCUCCUCCAGUAACACCUCCACCCUGCGUUACUCCCGCUCCAGUGACUCCUUCACCUUGUGCUGUUACUCCUGCUCCCGUUACUCCUCCAUCAUGUGGUGGUACUCCCAGCCCCGUAACACCUCCACCUAUUUGUCCUAUCGUAACAUGUCCUCCUGUAACUAGUUGUCCUAUUAUCACAUGUCCUCCACCAACAUGCCCACCUACUGAAUGUGUACGUAAUGGUAAACACUGCUCCGAAGAUGAAGAGUGCUGCUCCAGGAAAUGCCAUUCUGUUCCAAUCAACGAUGUUCAUCGAACGUAUAACGACUUUACUGGACUUCGUUAUCGAUCCACAAUGAUGACUGGAAUUUAA